GCCACCGUCUGGAAGUCACCCUCGUCAGCAACAAGGGGAUGUUGUAGACAUUUUAGAACUAGGCGGGGCUUCCGGCUUUACGUUUGGUAUUCACUGUACGUAACUAGCUUCACUGACUAAUCUCAAGAGUCAGUUAAUUAUUGACAAAAUAGGAUCAACAUCAAGCCAUAAGAAUACGAACGUUAACCUUUGAGGGACAAGUGAAGCCAUGGCUGAAGCCGAGGAUAUUUUUCUUAGAGCUAAACAGCGGACCUUCACUGGACUGACCGAAGAUGAACAGAAGGAAUGGAGAGGCCCGUUCUGCUUCAUCCAGGCUGCAGACCCCCAGCUGGGUCUGAUGAAGACCUGGAGGGAGGGGGACUGUGACGGGGGAGGGGACGAGUGGACCGAUGAGGUUCAGCUGACCCAGCAGGCUGUGGAGGCCGUCAACAAGCUGAGCCCCAGGCCCAAGUUCAUGGUGCUGUGUGGGGACCUGGUCCAUGCCAUGCCAAGCACCCAGUACCGGGAGGGGCAGGAGCGGGACUUGAAGGUGGCUCUGAGGGGCACAGACCCCUCCAUCCCUCUGGUGUUUGUCAGUGGUAACCAUGACCUGGGUAACACACCCACCCCAGAGACUGUAGCCCAGUUCUGCAACACCUGGGGAGACGACUACUUCAGCUUCUGGGUUGGAGGGGUGCUGUGUCUGGUGCUGAACUCCCAGCUGUUCUUUGAUGCGUCGGCCUGCCCCGACCUGAGAGAUGCCCAGGAAGCCUGGUUAGAGGGCCAGCUGCAGAGGGCCUCCCAGGGGCCCGGGGUCACCCCCAAACACAUCCUGGUGUUCCAGCACAUCCCUCUGUACUUAAAGACCCCCGACGAGGAGGACGACUACUUUAACCUGCAGACCGCCACGAGGCAGAGCCUCCUAGGCAGGUUCAAACGGGCAGGAGUGAAGGCGGUGUUCUCCGGCCACUACCACCGUAAUGCGGGGGGGUUCCACAAUGGCCUGGACAUGGUGGUGAGCUCCGCUAUAGGCUGCCAGCUGGGAGAGGACACCCACGGGGUCAGGGUGGUGGUAGUGACCGCCGACCAGGUCAUCCAUCGCUACCACAGCCUGGAGCAGCUCAGUGGGCGGGGCAUGGACGAGGACCUCAGGAAACUACUGCAGGCCUGAGCCAAUCAGAGAAGAGGGGACACACAGGAACAGAAUACCAGGGCCUGAUUCAUGAAGCAUCUCAGGAGAGAAGUGCUGAUCUAGGUCCCUCUUUUUAUUCCUUAUGAUUUAAAAGGCUAAACUGAUCCUACAUCAGUACUGCUACUCUGACUCUUAAUACAGGCUCAGAACACCAGACGGUGGAGAGGAAGUCUGUCAAUCAUCUUAAGACCUGUAGUCUACUGUGAAUAAGCACCAACCCAUUGUAUUGUACAAGGUCAUCAGUCGCAGAAUGUGCUGGAUUUACCUUACUCCAGAGAAGAAGAAAAACAUCUGUUCUGCUGUUGUCAUAAGUUACUCUUGUCAAGAAUAUCCUAGUUAUGACUAUCUCUAAGGUCUACAAAGACACUGUCUGUAACACUCAUUGUGCAAACUAAUCCAAUGAGCAUGUCCUGUUUUAGUCAUGUCUUUUUUAUAUCAAGCUUGGGGGGAAUAAUGUUUGUCUAGUCAAGUUGCAGCAGCACUGAAUGUCUUUACUGACAACGGGUACUAGUAUGACUCUAUAGCCCUGAAACGACUCUCUGUUGCCCUGUAUGAAUAUUUUCAACCCCACUCACCCAAUCCUUGACGCAACAAAUUGUCAUGGCAACAGCAGUUGUCCUCGUUGAACAGGCCUGAUGGUGGUGAUGGGUGGGCCAACAACAACAUGAUGACCUCUGCAAUGAAAACACUGUAAUGGGAUCAACAACUCUUCAGUUUACAGCAACAUCCUGUCUGUGAAUGUGAUGUUCCCUACUAUGUAUUUGAUAUCUUCUUGACCUCAUUGAGAAUUUGUUAUAUUAGAUUUGUGAAUUGAUUUAGUACUUAAGUUGGGGUAUGGUCAGGAGGAUUCCAUUAGUUUAGUUUCUUUAGUCGCACUACAACUAAAUGUCAUGUUCUGUUGUUUUUUUUAAAUGAAUAAACAUUGAUUUAAACUAUU